UUGAUAAAAUAAACAUUUUGAUUUCUCCGUUACUGAAUACCAUACCCAACUAUUGAACUCCCUAUUUGUUCCUUUUUUUUCCCUCCCCCAUUGUUUCUGAUUUUGCAGUCGAGUCGAAUCGCGCAGUGUCAACGAACAUCUGCAACAUUUUACGCUAUGGCACCCAUAAAGGGCAUCCUUUCGUUGCAAAGGGCAGCAAUGUUCAGAGCCAGCAGUGAGAGGUGGAAACUAGGCAUUAGAUCAUUUAGUACUCAAGGAGCAACAACUGCUGGUGCUCCACAGGCACCCCCUCCUCCACCACCACCUGAAAAAACCCAUUUUGGUGGUUUAAAAGAUGAAGAUCGUAUUUUCACCAACUUAUAUGGGUUGCAUGAUCCUUUUCUCAAAGGUGCCAUGAAACGUGGUGACUGGUAUAGAACCAAGGAUUUAGUACUCAAGGGUGCUGAUUGGAUUGUCAAUGAAAUGAAGAAAUCUGGACUCCGAGGACGUGGUGGUGCUGGAUUUCCAUCAGGCCUCAAAUGGUCUUUUAUGCCAAAAGUAUCUGAUGGCCGUCCUUCUUAUCUUGUUGUCAAUGCUGAUGAAAGUGAACCCGGAACCUGUAAAGACAGGGAAAUCAUGCGGCAUGAUCCACACAAACUAUUGGAGGGCUGCUUGAUUGCUGGGGUUGGGAUGAGAGCUACAGCUGCUUAUAUCUACAUUAGGGGUGAAUAUGUGAAUGAACGUAAAAACCUUGAAAGAGCUAGAAAAGAAGCAUAUGAAGCUGGACUGUUGGGCAAAAAUGCAUGUGGUUCUGGUUAUGAUUUUGACGUUCACAUACAUUUUGGUGCUGGUGCUUAUAUUUGUGGUGAAGAAACAGCACUUCUAGAGAGCCUUGAAGGAAAACAAGGAAAACCUAGAUUGAAGCCUCCUUUCCCUGCUAAUGCUGGGUUAUAUGGCUGUCCCACCACUGUCACAAAUGUGGAGACGGUGGCUGUUUCUCCCACAAUAUUGAGACGUGGUCCUGAGUGGUUUGCCAGUUUUGGCAGGAAGAACAAUUCUGGGACAAAAUUGUUUUGUGUCUCAGGUCACGUCAACAAGCCUUGCACAGUUGAGGAGGAGAUGAGUAUACCACUUAAGGAGUUGAUAGAGAGGCACUGCGGAGGCAUCAGAGGUGGAUGGGACAAUUUACUUGCAGUAAUACCAGGAGGUUCAUCUGUUCCACUUUUACCCAAGCACAUAUGUGAUGAUGUCCUGAUGGAUUAUGAUGCACUCAAGGCUGUCCAGUCAGGACUGGGAACCGCUGCAGUAAUUGUGAUGGAUAAAUCAACUGAUGUUGUAGAUGCAAUUGCGAGGCUUUCGUACUUCUACAAGCACGAGAGUUGUGGACAGUGCACGCCCUGCAGAGAAGGGACUGGAUGGCUAUGGAUGAUCAUGGAAAGAUUGAAAGUUGGAAAUGCAAAGUUGGAAGAGAUUGACAUGCUUCAGGAGGUGACCAAGCAGAUUGAAGGGCACACAAUUUGCGCUUUAGGUGAUGCAGCAGCUUGGCCUGUGCAGGGUCUAAUACGGCAUUUUAGGCCAGAGCUCGAGAGAAGGAUUAGGGAGCGUGCAGAAAGGGAGUUGCUCGAGGCUUCUGCGUAAUUUCUGCUCAGCGCAUAUAAAUCAGUUCUAGCAGGCUACCAUCUGAAGUUUUCUCCUUGACAAGUUGUGUCAUGCAAUGUGGGGGAAUUACACAUGCAAAAGUGGAUAUUAUGGAGUAAAAUUGGAAGUACUCGAAACUUGGAGGAUAGGUUACUCAGGAACCUGGUGGUCUGGUAGUGUUCUAUUUGGUUUCUGCUAAGCUGUUGUGUUAACAACAUUUCACUGUUUUAGAAAAUAAUGAACGUCUCUAAUGUCUGGCCGGGGGGGGUACUUGUUUUGUUUCUCAUAGCAUCCACAACAUUUUCUUUUUGGCCCAUUAUCUGUAAUUUUUCUGUUCGCAACAUAUUAUGAUAUAUGUAUUUUGCUAUAUCAUAGAUGUUGCAAAAGGAUAAAAAUAAAUGUUUCCUAAGAUAUAAAAUUGAAGUUGUAUUAUGUGCUGAAA